UUGCUCCUGCCUCGCUCAGCCCACCGCUGGCUCCUAUAAAACACCAGACAGUCACUUUCCAUCUCCACCGCCAGUGCUCUGCAGCAACAUGCCGCCAAAGAAAGUGGAACCGAAAAAGACAGAGGUGAAGAAGGUGGAGGCAAAGAAGGAGGAGCCUCCUCCUCCAGCAAAGCCCGCGGAGCCGGAGCCAAAACCCCCCGAGGUGGACCUGAAGAGCAUCGUGGUGGAGUUCAGCCCCGACCAGAUCGAGGAGUUCAAAGACGCCUUCGCUCUGUUCGACGAGACGCCAGCCGGCGAGAUGAAGAUCACCUACGCUCAGUGCGGCGAUGUUAUGCGGGCGCUGGGACACAACCCCACCAACGAGGAAGUGCUGAAACUGCUGGGGAGGCCGAAGGCGGAGGAGCUGAACGUCAAGCUGCUGGACUUUGACAGCUUCCUGCCCAUGCAGCAGCAUGUGGCCCGCUCCAAAGAGCAGGGCAACUUUGAGGACUUUGUGGAGGGGCUGAGGGUCUUUGACAAGGAGGGAAACGGCACGGUGAUGGGGGCGGAGCUCCGCCACGUCCUCGCCACGCUGGGAGAGAGGAUGACUGAGGACGAGGUGGAUCGUCUGAUGGCGGGACAGGAGGACGCCAAUGGGCACAUCAACUACACCGAGUUUGUCAAACACAUUCUGGCCGGGUAGAAACAGACAGCGACUUUGUCUUCCUCUUCUUCUGUGGUGGACGGAGCGUCUGAUGUAUGCGAGUUUGUUGUCUCUAAUAAAACGUCUUCUCAGUGUGUCUCUGUUUGAUGUGAUCAGCAGAGUAAGAAUCAAUGUGAAUAAAUGAAUCGAUGGAGGAUCAUCAAUAAAUGAAUAAAUCACUGCCUGCAUUCAUUUCUCCAUGUCCUGCAUUAAUGUGUUUAUUGAGUCAUCAGUGUUAUUACGAUUCACUUUGCUCCUCCAAAAUAAAACUUGCUCAGGCCUCCUCUUUAUGGUGCUCUGCGU